AUCAAUGAUAAAACCAAACUUUUCAACACAUAAGUCAUAAAACAUUUCAAAUAUUUCUAAAAACAACUACAAAAAUAAAAAUCCACCAUUUAGAGCUUGCAAUUAUAGUAUUUCGGUUUUUCGGUCGGAAAUUCGGUUCGGUUGAAAGAAUCCUGAUUUCCGAACUAUCCAUAUUUUCCUUCCGAAUUCCGAACGGAAUAGCAUUAAUUCAGUUUCGGUUUAAUUCGAUUUCGGUUCGGUUCGGGUUUACCGAACCGUUUGCCCACCCCUACGCCGCCGCCAACCAUACAAACAGAGCCGCCGAAAACCAAUCGUCGACCACCAGCUCACCAUGCAACGACCGGACCAAUGCCACAACGGGAGAGCAGCAGUCCGCGAGGAGCCCGGAGACCACGAAAAACGGCAACGAACAGGCUUGGAGAAAAGAGACGAGCUUCAGAUUGAUGCAUCCCUGCCUUCAACAUCUUAGAACCGCAUCCAGGCCGCUGCAUAUGAGAAGGCUGAUAAGGAUAUCUGUUAAAAUAAUUUUAUUGUAUGUGUUUGUUAUUAGUGGCCUUGAUCAUGUAAUUAGUGGCUCCGUGUCCAUAGCUACGUAGGUGUGUUUUCUGUUGUAGAGAGAGUAUUUAACUCAACUCUCCUACCUAAUACAAAUCAUCUUUCCAGCCCAAUCUAGCCUUCACAUGGUAUCAGAGCAACAACUCCGAUCUCCUUAACUUCUUUCCCUACAAUCACGAUUCAAAACACUUCUCCUCUAUCGCUAUUGAUUUCUUUUCUCUUUCUCUCCACCACGCAUAUACUGUUGUAAACCCUCUUCUUGUCGGCCUUUUUGUUUCCCUUUGCAAUCAUGUCAGGUGAAACUGUGAUUAACCUAGACGAUGCCAAUAUCGUCAUCACACUGAAUCCGGCAUCUCAGCUGCCUACCAAAUUCACCGGCGACAACUUCCCUACAUGGAGGGCCCAACUUCUCACGCUUCUCCGAGGUCUUGACCUGCUGAAGUUCCUGGACGGAACUCAUCCCGCCCCGGUUGCCGAUGCCUCUGCCGCCGCGCGUCGUCGCUGGUUUCAACAAGAUCAGUUACUGCUUCACUCCAUCCUUGCUUCGAUGUCCCCAGGCGUUGCCCCAUAUGAUUCUGCCGCUACCUCGUCCCGUCAGGCGUGGACAAUUCUCGAGCGCAUGUUCGCUAAUCAAUCACGUCAGCGUGUUAUAAAUCUCAAGGAGAAGCUCGGUCGGGAGACUCAGGGCAAUCGGUCGGUCUCUGUCUACCUUCAGGCCCAGCGCACCACUGCCGCAGAGCUUGCCCUCAUCAAUGCGCCGGUUACCGAUGAAGAUCUCAUCCUUCAUAUUCUUCGGGGACUUCGUGAAGAAUAUGACCAGCUCUCCGCGGCAAUCCGGGCACGAGAUACACCGAUUGCCAUUGAAGACCUCCAUGACCGUCUCGUAGAUUUUGAGGCUGAUAUAGCUGUUGUACGUCUGUCUCGGUCCCAUGCUCCCACUACAGGCGUUUAUGUCUACCCGUGGUCGUGGUUAUGCUCGUUCCUCUGGUGGUUCCCGCCGCAGCUCUCCCACCUCCAGUUACUAUGGUGGUGAUUCUCAUUACAGUCGCGAGGUGAGUCCACGCCAGCCUCGUGCCCCUUCCUCUCCUCGCACUCCUCCUGGUUACGCGAUUAGUUCGUCCGUUCCGUCUCUUCUUGGCAGGCCACGGCUAUAGUGCCAGUUCUAUGACAAAACUGGCCAUUCGGCCAAAGACUGCUAUCGUCUCAAAGGGUGUCCUCAGGCCUAUCAUAUGGUUGCAUCCUCCUCCUCCCCUUCUAACUGGCUGGUCGACUCAGCUGCAACAAAUCAUAUGACUCCGGAUCUUGGUAAUCUGUCCUUGUAUACCGAUUACAAUGGCCUGGAUGAGGUCAUCAUCCGUGAUGGGUCAGGUCUGAUUAUUACCCACGUUGGAGACUCCCAUUUAUCUUUUCCUAUGACCCGUUUGGAUCUACAUAAUGUUCUUUGUGUGUCGGGAAUCAAAAGUCGUCUCCUUUCUGUUGCUCAACUCUGCAAGACUAACCCUGUGUUUGUGGAAUUCUUUUCUGAUUUCUUUGUUGUGAAGGAUCUAGCCACGGGGGCGCAUCUACUACGAGGCCAGAAUAAAGGAGACGUAUAUGA